AUGUCGAAUAUGAAUUUUACCAAUAUCUCGAAACCGCAAUCUAGUAUUCGCCCCGCCAACGGUCGUCAAACCGUUGGAGAUGGGGCCUUCAUAACCGACAUGACUCCUAGUGUGAUUGCAGUCUGCCACAUGGAGGGCACGGACUCCAUGUACUACUACUCUACUACGUUCUCAGGGGGACCCGGGGUGAGUACAUCUGCUUCUCUCAUUUGCUUGCAUGGCGGUUUUGACACCCCUACCGCAAAAUGCCCUCCUGACCGAGGGUCGUCAGACUGGGUGACAGACAGUCUGGCGCGUACAUCUCUCCCCCCGCUCUCCUCCUCCCCCACCUCUUCCAUCAACUCCUCCGACUCCGCUGCCUCCACGCUUUCGUCCUUCGGUUCCAAGCCUCAUUUCUCGACCAACUUUUCGAACCGCUCGUAUCCGUUCCCGCCUACCCCGCCUUCGGAUGGUUCUCCUCUCGGACUUUCGCCGGAGCUGCCCACCGUGGGCCUACCCAAUGCUAGUGCUCCACGUGCAAUUCCGGAUAUGCGUCAGCCUGCAACCGACAUGGCCACCCCUCCGUUGACUCCGGACGACGCUCCGGAGGAAGGCGAUGGGAGCUUGUCGGCGCUCGGAGCGAAGCAAUCCGCGUUCCUCUCCGCGAUCUUCCCUCGGAACGCUCUGAGUGCGGCUCCGUACGCUAAGAGCGUCUCUAUAUCCACCUCUGGCGAGGGUACUACCUUUGAAGGCGUCGUGCUCUCGCUCCCCGGCACCCCGAAGACAUUCUACGUCGACGGCAAGUGUGCUGCUACAGUCAAUCUGCGCGAGAGCAUUGUCGCCUUGCUGGAUCUUGCGGAUGAGCAGUUGGAGUGCAAUGCGCUCGUCAUUGCUUUGGAACGCUCUUCUCCUGAUCUCGGCGAUCUCCUCCAUUCCCUCAUGUACGUGGGCGGCACGGUCGUCACUAAGCCCGUCUUCCCCACAGACGCUGCGUACGUCCUUGUGGGCAUGGAGAUUUAA